GUUGAACCACUUGGAUGAGUUGGAUCUAUCUCUUUUGACGAGCGAGUGCAUGACGACGAUGGAUUUACCACCUGGAAUGACCUGGUUAGCAACUCAAGUUGCGGGACAUCAAUCGGAUUCAAAGAAGACAAAUAUUCGAAUGAUUAAAACAAACAGUGGAUGUAUUUUGAAAGCGGGGCAAAAGGAGGCUCUUCAGGCACGAGAGAGAUCAUUCUACGAAAAAAUAAAAAAUUCUGACGAAUCUUUACACAAUGAAUUGCGGACAUUCAUCCCAAAAUAUUAUGGCACGAGAGAAUUAGUCCUGGAAAACAAACGGAUUCCUUUUAUCAUUCUGGAGGAUAUUACCGACGGUAUGAUUGAGCCCUGUAUAAUGGACAUAAAAAUAGGCAAACGUACGUGGGAUCCCUUAGCAAGUUUUGAGAAACGAGCAGCAGAGGAGAAGAAAUACGUCGAGUCGAAGACAGCUUAUGGAUUUUGUAUCCCUGGCUUUCAAGUUUACGAUUUGUCAAGUGGAGAUUUGAACAAAUUUGGCAAAGAUUAUGGCAAGAGUUUGAACAAGAAAACUACUGUGGAAGCCUUGAAAAUGUUUUUAAAUGUAGGAGAAAAUAGUCAUAAACUGGGGCUUGAUAAAAUACUUUUACAUCAACUGAUAAAUUCGUUGAAAAAAAUUGAGAGCUUGUUCAAGAAGCAGAACAGCUUUAGAUUCUAUUCUAGCUCAAUUUUGAUUGCUUAUGACGCUCAUUGCCUUCGAAGCUUGAGACAAAAAAUGUCUCCAAAUUCUUAUUGUGAGAAUUCCGUAAUUGACGAUGAAACUAAUCCGCGCUUCAUAGGAGAAAGUCUCGAGGAAAUUAAUGGUCUUCGCGUCAAAAUGAUUGACUUUACUCAUGUCUUUGAAGCCGAGGAUGGGAACGUAGACAUCAAUUACCUCGCAGGCAUCACAAGUCUAGUUAAACUCCUUGGGUCAUUAACUAGGUAAUGGAAGGGAAAACAAUUACGUAAUAUUGAAUUGUAAAAUAAAGAGAGCAAGGAAUAAGAAAUAAUAAUAUGAGGGGGGGACGGGAGUGGAAAACAGUUGGUAAUAAUCCAGACAGACCAAGCUUCUCUUAAUCACACACCCUCAUUGCUUCGGGUUACCCAAGUGAUCAAACCUCUCACGGAUUCAUCACCCCUCGAUCCAACGUACCGUCUGUAAGACAUGCUUCAAUAAAUUGUUGCUUAUUUCCGCUCUCUCCUCAUUACUUGUCCAUUUGAAAACAAUUGAAUUCAACAAUUAUUGAACCGAAUUGGUCAUUGGCCCAUUUCUCCUCAGCAGUAUUCACCGGACGACAACACAUAUCUUCGCAAUCCCCCUUUAGUCCUACUAAUUGAUACAACAAUCACGUGACAAUUAUCAAUUUUUUCAAUUUUUAUUAAUCAUUUUUUUAUUCUUGUUUACAAUAAUCACAGACGUUCGCCAAACGUAGUAGGCAUGAAAAUUAAUGUUAGAUAAAUCGCUAUGGCCCCCCACGCAGCCGAAUAACACGCAACCGGGGGAGGGAAGGGAGCGAAGAGAGAAUAAUUAAAAAGUUAAUGAACGAAUUAACAAAUCAAUCAGAUAGCCUUUAUACUUCCAUAACGAAAUAAUUACUGGAAAAAUUGGAAAGUACUGUAUAAUAAUAAAUCUGGGGCACGACCAAAUAACCUUGAAAA